GUACUAGUCAUUGCGAAAAUUGUAUUGUGUGCCAGCACUCCCCACCACCAUCACCAUUCCCAUCCACCUCCUCUUUCAUUCUUUGUUGGAUUUAUCUCAAAACCACCCAUUACUGUAUAUCUAUAUAUAUACAUCAAUUGUUGAUGAAUGAUGAUAUAACUGCUGGACCACAGAAACAGAGACAAGAAAAUGGAAGCUACGUUGUUUCUUUCCUCUGCUCCUCUCUUGAGGGCCUCCUCUUCUUCAAUACCUCCAGUUCUUUGCCCACAAAAUCUGAAUCACAGGAAUUUAUUAUCGCUACCAUCAUCGAACUCUCACAGCAGAAGACUUUGUUUGAAUCGCAAGAACACAAGCUCUUGCUCAAGGGCUUCCUUAAGAGGGAAUUUGGAGGUCACCGGAGUUCCAACGUCGGUGCCUGUCCGAGUAGCACACGAACUUCUUCUUGCUGGACAUCAUUAUUUGGACGUCAGGACUCCGGAAGAGUUCAGUGCAGGACAUGCAGAUGGAGCCAUUAACAUCCCCUACAUGUACAGAGUUGGAUCAGGGAUGACGAAGAACCUGAAAUUUGUGGAGGAAGUAUCAUCUCAUUUUAAAAAGCAUGAUGAAAUCAUUGUUGGAUGCAAGAGUGGUAAGAGGUCCAUGAUGGCUGCAACUGAUCUUUUGGCUGCUGGAUUUACUGCCAUCACUGACAUUGCCGGAGGAUAUGAUGCUUGGACAUACAAUGGACUUCCAACAGAGUGAAAAAUAAUGAUGAUGAUUGUACAUGGAUCUUAAUUAUACCAAAUAAUCCAAUUAAGUUCUGUUCAACAAAUACACUGAUAUAGUAAAAAUAAUUACUCCUCA